CUCAGUAACCCUACAGUACUUACUUAUGACUACGAGUCGAAGCCGAUCAUGGGAUCCAAGACACCAGAUGGCCACCGUCGAGGUCCAAAUGAGUCAUCGGCACACGCUGCAAUUGCUGCCGUCAACCCUCCCAAGUCAGCAGCAGCCAGUGGACUCCUUCAGGGUGCACUCGAAGGGGAAGACGAAGACGGGGACGAGGACGACGCCAAGAUUGGAGCCGAGCUGAAGUCCGGCGGCCAGUCCAACGAUAACAAGAAGAAGAAAAGGAAGAGGACCAAGAAGAAGAAGACAAAAGCACUGGAUAGACAUCAGUCCAUUCCUCCCAGGGUUGCACUCGUCAACCUCUUUCACGAUCAGCGAUAUCCGGAGGGCGAGAUUGUCGAAUAUGCCACCGACAAUGAUAAUCUCCUACGCACCACGGCCGAAGAACUUCGUCACCUAUCCGUCGUGAACAACAUGGAUGAUGAGUUCCUGAAUGACUAUCGCAAAGCGGCCGAAGUCCAUCGUCAGGUCCGCCAAUAUGCGCAGACGAUCGCAAAGCCCGGCGUUCCCAUGAGCCAGCUCGCCCAAGAGAUCGAGGACGGCGUUCGGGCACUGACCAAUCACCAAGGUCUUGAUACCGGAGACGCUCUCAAAGCCGGCAUGGGAUUUCCGACUGGGCUCUGCUUGAACAACGUAGCGGCGCACUGGACGCCCAAUCCUGGUGCCAAGGAGGUUAUCCUCCAGUACGACGAUGUCCUGAAAGUGGAUUUCGGGGUACAUGUCAGCGGCAGGAUUGUUGAUAGCGCCUUUACCUUGGCUUUCAAUCCUGUCUACGACAAUCUGCUCGCGGCCGUCAAGGCAGCCACCAAUACGGGGCUCAAGGAAGCUGGCAUCGAUGCCCGGAUCGAUCACAUCAGUGGAGAAAUCCAAGAAGUGAUGGAGAGCUACGAAGUCGAGAUCAACGGAAAGAUCAUCCCUGUCAAAGCGGUUCGGACCAUCACUGGCCAUAACAUCUUGCGCUACAAGAUCCAUGGGGACAAGCAAGUCCCCUUUGUCAAGACCAAAACCAACCAACGCAUGGAAGAAGGUGAUGUGUUCGCCAUCGAAACCUUCGGUACCACCGGCAAAGGUCAUCUCAGGGAUGACGUAGGUGUCUACGGCUACGGGCGCAAUGAGCAUGUCAGCGCUGCUGGGCUCCAUCAUGCCUCUGCGAAGUCGCUGCUGAAAACGAUCGAUCAGAACUUCGGAACUCUUGUCUUCUCCCGAAAUUACCUUGAGCGCAUGGGAGUGAAGCAUUACCACCUCGGCAUGAAAACGCUCGUCUCGAACGGCAUUGUCGAGUCCUAUGGGCCGUUAGUCGACGUUCCUGGCUCGUACGUCGCACAGUUUGAGCAUACCGUUCUGCUCCGGCCCAAUUGCAAGGAAGUGAUCUCCCGAGGAGACGAUUACUAAGGGAAUGUGGGAAUUCGGGGGAUAAAUUGAUUCUGGGAAUGGUAGCUGCAUUUGAUUCUCUGUGUACCUGACUUCAACAGUCAUGGAAAAAA